UGUAGUAAUAACGACCCCCAACCAUCAUGAUUUGCAGCAGCUAGCAACAUACAAAGUAAUAUCAAAGUCGUGGACUGUCUUUCGACAUGAAUGCAACAAAUAGAGAAACCUUUCGAUGCAUUAGCAGAUGCGGACUUUUGCGGUAUGCUGGGAACCGAAGGAGAUCCUGCAACAGUAGUGGCGUGUGGUACAGAUGUUUUUCGACCACUUGUCACGCCCAAUCAUCGAAACAAGACGUAAGGGCAUGCCAUCGAUUCCAGAGAAGAUCUUUUUCCUCUGUCUCAAAGGAUGAAGUUUCUAAAUUUUCCGAAUUCUCGAAAACUUGGUGGGACCCGGAAAAAAAUCCUUUGAUCGGGAUGAAUUCAAUCCGUGUUCAGUACAUCAUCAACGAAAUACAGAAAGUACAGAUGGUCGCCGAGGACAAAAGUCAAAAUGGAAUCGCUAACAGCUCCAAAAAGGCGUCAGCUCCGACGUCCAACAAAUCAACACCUCCGCUUGCAGGCUUAAAAGCUCUUGAUGUGGGUUGUGGUGGAGGACUUUUGUCCGAGUCACUUGCCAGACUUGGAGGCGAUGUUACGGCUGUGGAUCCAUCUCUGACUCUCGUCGAACACGCGAAAGAACACGCAGAGAUGGACCCAAGAACUCGAAGCAUUCGUUACCGAGGAGGAUAUACUAUAGAACAAUUGGCGCAAGAAUCCUCGGAGCCUUGCUACGACGUCAUCUGUCUUUUGGAAGUCAUCGAACACGUGACGGAUGUGGAUUCAAUACUUAAGGCAGCCAAUUCCUUGUUGAAACCAAAUACUGGCCGUCUAUUCGUUUCCACCAUGAAUCGAACGAUCAAAAGUCACGUGGUUGCCAUUGUUGGUGCCGAAUACAUAAUGGGAUAUCUUCCUCCUGGCACUCAUGAUUGGAAUGAAUUUCGAUCACCUCAGGAAGUCGAGGCAUUGAUGCACCGAUCUGGGCUUCAAGAAGUCGAUGUUCAAGGAAUGGUAAUAACAAAGCCGCCAUUUGGGGGUCAAUGGCAUUGGAAAUUGGAUCGAGAAGAUACUGACAUCAAUUGGAUCGGAACCUACAAGCUUGCAUAAGAUUUAAUGGAAUUUUAAGUUUUAGUAACAGUAACCUUACAGCUUAAUGC